ACUGUGACUGAGGGAGGAGUUUGAUCCGUGCAGUCAGAGGAGCAGUGGCUUUUAUCUUCACACUGAACUUUGGACUUUUGACUUGAUUUUUUUGGCUGUUUCAGUAUCUAUAAGAUAUUCAAUUUAGAGAGAAUAGAAGUUAAUAGGCUGUGUCUAAGGAAGUAGAUGCUGUAUCUCUGUUAAAGAAGUACUCGAACAGACACGUCGACCGUUCACAGCAACAGAAUGGUUGAAUUCAAAUGGAUUAAAAUAUCUUUAUUUCUGAUUGUGCUUCUUCAGUUUAGAGCAGCAGUAACAGGACAAGAUUCCUACAUCAUUGUCAGAGAUGGAGGUGAUGCCACUUUGCCUUGUAAAAAUGUGAUACAAGGUCAGGACCAAUGUGACAGCACUACCUGGAUGUACAGUCAAAGAGAAGGGUUACCAGAAGUAGAGCUGAUUGAACUUGGAAAUAUUAGUAACAAUGCCAAAGAUAAAUCAGACAGACUGAGUGUUACAGCGGACUGUUCUCUGGUUAUAAAGAAUGUCAAAGGUAUCGAUUUUGGUCGUUACAGCUGCAGACAGUUCGACACAUCAGGACAACAACAAGGUCCAGGCGCUGGGGUUCAUCUGUCUGUUGUUACCAUUAAUGAACGGAAGGAUGCUGAUGAUAAGGUGACAUUAACCUGUUCUAUUGGGACAUAUGAACAAUAUCGAGGCAGCGUGUUCUGGCAGUUUGAGGGUAAUAGGGAUGAUUUCCCAGGCAUGGGGAUGUCUGGAGUUGUCUCCAGAGCCACUGCGACAUUUACAGCUUCCACUCCUGCUCAGAAGUCAAAAUAUUCAGAGUUAUUUAAGUGUAAAGCGACUGCACGCAACACUGGGACAGUGCUGUUUAACCUCGCCCCUCAGUCUUCAAGUGAGAAACAGGAUGCAUUUUGUAGUGAUAAUCAGAGAAAGGUUUAGUCGCUUUUGGAAUUUGGGCUCGGAUGUAUUUUUCCCAUUCAUUUAAUGUUUUUUGUACUGGCUCAGUAAGAUCUCCCAGCCAGUAGACAUUUGCACAGUCUGUUUGCACAUGCAUUUGGAAAUCUAAUCCUGAAGUAUCAACAUACACUCAUUGUGGAGUGCACCAAAUUUUGACUUUUAGUUUGCGUAGUGCAUCUCUUCCCAGUAGGUUAACUGGAGUUUGACUGGACACUAGAAUUGGAAUUUUUAUUUCUCCUCCUUUUGUGACCAGGCGUACUGGAGCUGUUGUUGGGGUUAGCUGCUUUAAUUCCGAAAAUCCUACUGUCUUGACAAAUUUGCCUGACAUGGGGAGGUGGGUGGCAUAUUCAGUACUCACACAUGUGUACGUGGCUCCAGUAUCUAUUAACAUUGGAGUUUGCCUGUUCUCUAUUUGAACCUGCAGCAUUGGUUCUUUAUCAGCCGCCAUGGUGACCAUUGGCAGCUGACCCUCCCCUUUAGGAUGUUCUGGGCACCCCUAUUAACCAUGGUUCGGGCCUGCCCAAGGAUUGGCUGGACCCGUCCCCCCUCUCUGAGUGGCUCUGUAUCUCCCUCUCCCGUCUCCCUGUCUGGAGCCUGACUGUAGGCAGUUUAGUGCUCUAUGGCCAGGCUCUCCACAUUGCCAGUAUACUCCAGGCGGGCCUCUCCUGCCAAGGACCAGCAAAUUGUCUCGCGUUGUUAUAUUUUUGUCGGUAGGGCUGCGGGUAGACAUUGACAAACUUAGCUCUUUUACACUCAACAAAAACCCUUUUCCUGACUCUGGCCUUCAGUUCUGAUCACAAAUCUUAUUUUCAACACUUUUCCACACAAUGUAUUACAUUUUUGAAAGACACUUCUAGGACGUAACUCACAUUAGUGUGAUGCUAACUACGGGUUAACUCUGUUUCACUUCUGCUCAGCGCUCUUGGCGUUUCGCCCAGAGACUAACACAAACAUAUCAUUCACGCAGCGGCCCGCAGAGAGUCGUAGGAUUUACUACAAAAGGCAUUCAUACACAAUCAUUUACACAAUACAGGAAAAAAGGGGAGUAUAACACUGUGUCUUGAGGUUGAUAUUUUAUAUUGACCAAUUUAAAUUCAUGCGCAUGGAGUAAUUAUUGUUUGGCUGCAGCCUUUUUUAUCAGUUUGAUUGUAAUUUUUCUCAAUGGUAAUUAUGCUAUCUCUACUUAAUCCCAGCCAACUGGGACUUUUAUUGAUGAUGCAGCAAACACAGCAGACACCAGCGAACUGGUGACAACAGUAGAACAGCCCAACAAACCCUGCACGUUCAAACACUUUAUACUAGUGUUUUGCGUGCAGGCGUCAUUUGUUUAGUUUGCGUGUGCCAGGUGACCCUGACCCGACGUGUUCAGCCAAGAUCCGAUUUCCUGGAAACCUAACAACUUUCUUGUAAGUGCUGGCUUCAUGAUCUACUUUGGGAAUAUCGAUAUGGUAAAAACAACUCCUUAAAAGGGCUUGUUGCAACAUCCCCAACUGGUUCUGCUGUUGACCUUUUGUCUCUGUUAUUGUUCUCUCAUUUGACCAUGAUGCUCACAUAUCUGCCUCUACAGUGAUUAGAAAUGAGAAGUACUUUGACACUGAAACACCACAGCAGAGAGGAGGAGUGUUGUGGUUUUGGCGGGUGGGUGUCAACUGCAUCAACUCAUAUAUUCAUACUGUGACGUUUUCUUCUCUUGUUUCACUGUGACUGAGGGAAGAGUUUGAUCCGUGCAGUCAGAGGAGCAGUGGCUUUUAUCUUCACACUGAACUUUGGACUUUUGACUUGAUUUUUUGGCUGUUUCAGUAUCUACAAGAUAUUCAAUUUAGAGAGAAUAGAAGUUAAUAGACUGUGUUUAAGGAAGUAGAUAAUAAUAAUAAUAAUGCAUUUUAUUUAAAGGCGCCUUUCAAAGCACUCAAGGACACCUUACAAGGCUCAUAUAACACAACAACAGUACAUCAAACAAUAUAAAUCAGGUAACAUUUAGUGCAAAGAUGAAGAAUAAAUAUGAAUGUGACUAUAAAGCAUCAGUACAAUAAAUAAACAAGAACGUGAUGCAUAGUUAGUGUGAGACAGAGUAUGCAGCUCUGAAUAGGAGCGUCUUCAGGCGGGAUUUAAAGGUGGAGACAGAGUCAGAAGUGUGAAUGUCUGGUGGGAGACUAACCCUAAUCCAAAGGCGGGGGGGCAGAUCGGCUGAAGGCUCUUGACCCCAUGAUGGUAGUUAAGUUGGCAGAUGGAGCAAAGAGCUGGUUGGCAGAGGAGGAUCGUAGAGUUGGGGAAGGUGUGUAGAUGUGAAUAAGUUCCGAGAGAUAUGAUGGUGCCAGGUUGUAAAGGAUCUUGUAAGUGAGGAGUAGAAUCUUAAAGUCAAUGCAGGAUUUGAUAGGGAGCCAAUGAAGUUGCUGCAGGGCAGGAGUGAUGUGUUCAAUAGAGGGGGUUCUGGUUAUGAUACAAGCGGCUGCGUUCUGUACCAGCUGGAGUUUGUGAAGAGAUUUCCUUGGAAGACCAAAUAGUAGAGAGUUACAGUAGUCCAGAUGGGAUGUGAUCAGGGUGUUUACCAGGAUAGCGAUAGCGGUGCAGGUUGGUGAAAGUGAGGGACGGAGACGGUUGAUGUUCCGUAGAUGGAAGUAUGCAGUCCGAGUAACGUUAUUGAUGUGGGCUUAGAAAGAUAAUGUGCUGUCCAGAAUGACACACAGGCACUUUACCUGAGUAGAUGUAGGAACAGUGGAAUUGUCGAUGGACAUGGAGAAAGUGUUGAGUGUUGCUAAGGUUGAUCUGGAACCAAUGAGACAGAGUCCUGGGGAACACCACUAGAGACUGGAGAGGAGCCGGGUCUCGGGCUCUUGAGUUGAACAAACUGUGUGCUGCCAGAGAGAUAUGAUCUGAACCAAGCCAGAGGGAUGUCAGUGAUUUCAAUGGAGGAUAACCUGUCCAGGAGGAUGUCAUGGGAAACGGUGUCGAAAGCUGCGCUCCGGUCGAGGAGAACCAGAAUGGAGAGAAGUCCAGAGUCAGAUGCCAUCAGGAGCAGUAACAGGACAAGAUUCCAACAUCAUUGUCAGAGAUGAAGGUGAUGCCACUUUGCCUUGUAAAAAUGUGAUACAAGGUCAGGACCAAUGUGACAGCACUACCUGGAUGUACAGUCAAAGUGAAGGGUUACCUCAAGU